AUCUAGCAACAAAGGUGACCUUUUCGGCCGCUCGUCGAGUUUCUGCAAUCCCUCGCUGCUGGAGGCGGCGUGUUCGCACAAACUGCGCUUUCACGCUUAAUAUUUUAAAUUCCGCUACCGAAAGCACAGUCAAGAUGAUCGCGCGACUCGUCUCUCAAAGGGCGCUGCAGUGUGCGCUGAGACAGUCCCGGAGCGGCUUGCGAUCGUACCACCCCCCUGCCGAGUUCAAGCAGGUGACCAUGGCCGACAUGCCCACCUUCAUUGGGCCAUGGGAGGAGAACUUCAACAAAAGACAGGCCAAGUUCAACAUCCACCUGGCCGUCGGCGUCUCUUUCUUUGUCGUUAGCCUCAUUGCUGCGGCAUCCAUGGGUACUUUGAGUUAUGUCGACGCCCCACCUAUGAAGAACUAGAAUUGCCUAAGCAAAUGUAACUUCUGGGUGCGAGUAAUAAAAGUGGAAUUGUAACAAGUCAAUAUAA